AUGGCGCCUCAGAGCCUGGAUCUUGGCCUGAGCCUUGGCCUGGGCCUCGUUUCCCGGCCCUCACAGCCGAGCUUCUGGUACUCCGGCGGCAAUGUGGCGGCGGACCAAGAAGUGGGCCCGACUCCGACCGCGGCGGCGGUGGAGGAGAGGAGGUGUUCGCCAGGCAGCCCGGCCUCGAGCGGCAGCGGCAGCGGGCUGAAGCGCGGCGCCGAGAGGUCCGCCGGCAGCGGCGACGAGGACCAGGACGACGACGGCGGCAACGCGCGCAAGAAGCUCCGGCUGUCCAAGGACCAGGCGGCCGUCCUCGAGGAGUGCUUCAAGACGCACCACACCCUCACUCCGAAGCAGAAGCUGGCGCUGGCCAACAGCCUCGGGCUGCGCCCGCGGCAGGUGGAGGUGUGGUUCCAGAACCGUCGGGCCCGCACCAAGCUGAAGCAGACGGAGGUGGACUGCGAGUACAUGAAGCGCUGGUGCGAGCAGCUCGCCGAGCAGAACCGCCGCCUCGAGAAGGAGGUGGCCGAGCUCAGGGCGCUCAAGGCCGCACCGCCGGCGCAUAACGGCGCCGCGGCGGGGCCCCUCACCACCCUAACCAUGUGCCUCUCCUGCAAGCGCGUCGCGUCGACGUCGUCUGCCUCGGCGUGCACCGUGCCCAGCUUCUCCGCCAAUGCCGGCAUCGGCAUGCCAAUGCCAUCGCCCGUGGCGCAGCCCGAACACCGGCAGUUCUUCUGCGGGUUCCGAGACACCGGAGCGGCGUACGGCGGCCCCGCCGGGCUAACGAAGGUGGUCAAGGCGGCCAGAUAG